GUUGUAUUUUUCAGAGUGAUCCUUGGUGUUUCCUGUGUCAGCUCGACUGAUUUUCAAGGGCUGGCGCAAAGAAAAAAGACCGUCCUUCGACAUCUGGAGCUCCAAGAAAUUCAAUAUGUAAACUUCAGAGCCUUGAAUGAUGUCUACCCUGGACGAGCACAUAGCAAAACUUAGCAAGCGAUAUAGAAUCUGUGGCCAGGCAGGAGGAGCUGGGGAAACUGAAGCCGAAAAAUACAAGCAAGAGAUCCUUGCGAUUUACUCGGUGGAUGUUUCACAAGAUGACCACGCCAAAGUACCUUCCAAAAUCUGCCCAAGCUGUAGAAAAAAACUGAACAGGUCCAAAGCUGCUGCUAAAGAUGGCAACAUUAUCCCCAAGUGCCCCCGCCCUAAAGUAGUCGAAGAUGACCUACGGCCGAUCGCCUUGACAUCACAACUCGCCAAGGUACUGGAAGGGUUUACGCUUCAGCCACUAUUCCAUCAAGUGCUACAUCAACUGGACUGGUUACAGUUUGCAGUUGCUGGGAAGUCUACUACUGAAGCGCUGGUCUAUGUGAUGCACAUAAUUUUCGAGGCUCUCGACAAAGGGGACUGCUGGGUCAGACUGUUUUUUUCUGACUUCAGUAAAGGCUUUGAUUAAGUGGACCAUAACGUUCUAAUAGCAGAAAUGAGUCACCUAGGUGUCCAUGAAUGUAUCAUUCGAUGGGUGUCGUCAUUUGUAUCCAACAGGAGUCAGUAUGUUAAGAUAAGGGAUUCACGCUCCCAUGUAAUAUCACCUAAGGGAGGAAUCCCACAGGGCACCAGGCUAGCUCCGUUACUAUUUGCAAUAUUGGUGAAUAGGUUAGCGCGCGACUGGCAGUAUCGCAUCAAGUAUGUAGAUGACGCUACAGUUUUUGAAGUUGUUCCAAGAAAUUCUCCUAGCUACCUUCCGUUUGUUGCGAAUGACAUAAAUAGCUAUGCCCUUGCACGCAAUAUGCGCCUUAAUGCCAAGAAAUGCAAAGAAAUGGCCAUGUGCUUCCUUACUUAUAAUUCUACUGAGCUUGCUCCUAUGCUCAUAAAUGGUUGUGUUAUUGAGCGCGUGGAUUGCUAUAAGUUGCUUGGUGUCCACAUCACCAGUGACUUCUCGUGGAAUACUCACUGUGAUGCUAUCGUGAAGAAGGCCACCAAGCGUUUGUAUGCAAUCCGUGCGCUCAAGAAAAGCGGUCUAUCAUCAAACGAUCUUAUUCAAGUAUACUGUAGCACAAUGAGAGCUCCUGGUACGACUGAUGAAACCGAACAUUUUAGAAGAAAACUGUACCAACAAGAAGAGGAGGAAGGAGCCAGAACUGUAGAUAGUGAAAUAGAGGUCACAAGCUUUAAGCUUGAUCGCUGUGAACCUGAACAUUUAGUUUCAAUACUUGUAUGUUCUAUUUGUAUGGGAGUGCCAAGCACCCCAGUUGUCACACAAUGUGACCAAAUUUUCUGUAGUGGCUGUAUAACAGCCUGGCUGCGAAAUGCAGGGGCUUGCUCUUCCUGUAGGUCAGUUUUAGAGGUUUCAGAUAUAGAUCCUUUAAAAGGUCCACUCUUAAACAUCUAUUCUCUAGUCAAAAUCAAGUGUGCAUUUUCAUGUAUUGGCUGCUUAGAGGUUUUGGCUAUAAAAAAUUUGAAGGAUUAUGAAUCUUUGUGUCCUGCUAGACAUGGCAAACUUCCUCGUAAAAAAGAAACUAGGACUAGCAAUCCAUUUAAGGAGCCACUUAUUUCUGUCACUGCUAAGUAUGCAAGGCAAAAAAGACUUCAGGGAAUUAUUGGCAUGCUUAAUUCAUUUUGCAAGGAACAAUUUGAGGAUAAGGGUGAUGUUUUGUUUUUCCUUUUGUGCCAGCACCUUCGAGACACUCAAGAUGAGAGGGCUUCUAGUAUUGAUGGACUUUGACAAAGGCUAUCAUACAGCCUAACUACAGACCAAUGUUUGGCACUGCGUGUUGACACUCUCCAAACGAAAGGUCAGUACAAAGCGCAGUAUGAUUUUCUGAAGCAGAAACUGGCUAUCACAGUUUUAAAGCCACCACUUGCUGUGUCAGAAAGUGAGCUGGCAUACAUGCCGGGCUCAGUUAGGUAUAUGGUGGAAGCUGAAGACCCAUUGUUGUCUUACUACCACACACCAGUUUAGCAAAGUGGGCCAGUAGCAAGUGGAUUUAGUGCUGACCCUUCAUGUGAACCUAUCAAUAUCCUUCAAGAUUUUAAUGAUUCAAUUCCUGAGUUCCCAACACCAAAUGUCAAAGGAGUCAGGUUUAGGUUUACCGAUGCCCUUGCAAAAACUCUUGAGGAGUUAGACCCAAUAGUGAAGUCUAAAUUGACUGAGCAUAAUUUAGAUCCUGCCACCACUUUACUCAAGACAACUGUAAAGAAUGGUGCAGAUGGCAUGGGAGAUGUCUCUGUUUACAAAGAAACAGGUGACAGGUUUCUCCAUGACAAAGCAUUUCGCCAUUCUUUUGCAGUCAUCAAAAUUGAGGCACUAACUAAUGGUAAUGUCAUUCCUCUCUUUCUUGAAGACGAGCCGAACUCGGUUCGAACUAACAGGCCUUUGCUUGAAGCAAUUGCAGAUGAAAAUAACAAUGCGUCUAGUUGUGUGUGUCUAAUCCCAUCAGAGGAGGAGAAGGAAUUUCUCAAAGGGAAACAACUGAAAAUUCAGGUAGAUGCUGGUGAGUGGAGAACUCACCAAGUCGUCUUUCAUAAUUCAAUGAUAGACGAGAAACUGGACCGUGCUGAAGGGGGUUUGGCAGGCAGUGGGUCCAGGUAUCUCUGCACAUUGUGUAAGGCCACAAGGGAGACAGCGAAAAGAGAAAUUGGCAGCUUCAGCAUAUGUCGGACAUACCAGGAAAAUGCUGAAAUUGCAGAAUAUGUCAGAACAAACCCUGAUAACCUUUCGAAGGAGCAGCUAGACACACUUGAACAAGGAGUUAAGUCUGCACCAAUUUUAAAGUCAGAUGCCAUAGAGAAAGGAAUUGAUGCCUGAAGAGUGUGUAACGCUGGCCGCUAGGGCCUAGGUCUCAUGUAAGACCGCUGACCGGCUCAGAAGAGAGCAGCCGGCCAUCUUGUUUUGAACAUUAUUCAUGUAAGUCCUACGCGUUCAUUUGUUAUAUCCUAGUUACCGUUAUUUGUAAUCCUCAGUUUAAUUAUAACCCUUGAUUUAUUGUAUUGCCAUAGGACUUCCUCAUCUUUGUCAAUAAAACCAAUUGAACAUCGAGGAGUA